GUGCAACAGGCAUCGCCAUAAAGCUAUCGUUUGCCGUGUUAGCCGUAGUAGCGAAGGCAUAGACUGCUUCGAUGAAGACGUUCGUCGAAGGAGAAGAGUGGAGAGAUGCAUACAACGCGCACAUCGAUCCCAUACACCAAGCAUCUCCGCAGUGUGCAGUAUCUAUAAAACGAUUAACGAACCUGGAAGGAUCGAAGGAAUUGAUUGGAUCCGAAGAUGAUCCAACUAGGAAGAAUGGUUAGAAUGGCAGUUAAGACGCACCCCUCUUGGAGUGUGACAAUAUGGUACGUUUAAAUUAUGUAUCGCGAUCCAACACUGCUUGACAUUUUCUACUGAAUUUAACCGUCCGGGCUGAAUAUUGGGCCGGGGCAAGCUAAGCUAUUAAGAUGAGAUUUUCUUUUUCAUAUUCCAUCAACCAUCGAAGGUGGGGCACUAUCAGACACCCUCUCUUUUGAUUGGAUUCGUUUCCGUGUACAGCUUCCUAAUAAGAGAUACUUCUGCAGAGGGUACUCGGCAGGAGAGUAACACUGUUUCCUAUAUAUUCAAUCAUUCCUACUCUGCCCGAGCGUCGGCGAGGCCACAAGCGUAUUGAUAACAGCACGUGGAAGCAAUGAAAACCGUGCGUAAACGGCAGAACUAAACUCUUAUUCCUACCUACUAUAUGAGCAGACUUCAAUAGCAUUUAGCAAUAGACAGACGAACGGAACAGGUGCCGGUGCAAACAAGAUAGGGAACUCUAAGCUCCUGAUUCCUCUGGCUGGAAGGCGGGUACCGGUAGAACCGCCGACUUUACGGUUGUUUCCUUGCUGUUAUUUUCCCAUUCAACUUUCGUAACACAACCGCAUGGCCAACAUUCCCGCUUGGGCUCAGUUGUUGGAAGGGAACAUUUCGUGAUAAUGACACGGCACAAACUGCAACAUAAACACAUCCUGUGGGACCGCGAUAAGAAGGCAAAAAACAUGAUAGAAUUUACGCUUAGAUUGUUUGAGCAAGGCAAGGACGCUUUUGUACUUAAGCGAAAUCGAUACGGUGAGCAGCGUGUGCAUGUAACGGAUGUAGCGUAUUGAACCAAACGAAAAAGAGUCCUUUUUGGGGGGUAACAGAUAUCAAGCAGCGCGCUAUCAAAUGUAAAGCCAGUAUGCAAAGAGCGUAGCUUCGGGUAGCACUCCAAGCUGCCGCGAUAGCCGGUGCGGCUGAUGGCGAUAAUUGCCACUAUCCGGACUGGCGAAUCGCUCAGUUGGCUAAUCUAUCCCGAAGCUCUGGCUGAUAGCAGUUUUUGAUAAAAAAAAAGUAUUACUUUUUCAUAAAAAUACCCUUUCCACAUCCUUUUCCUAUUCAAUGCAUUUCAUGGCCAAACGAGACAAGGAGUACUAGGGGAAGAACGGAAGGUGCAUCGCGCGAGAAUAGACACACGCUAGCGAAAGUACGAAAUGGUUUUUGAAUGGUUCUGCUUGUUUUUUGUAGUUUUAUUUUCCGAAAUUAGCAAAACAAAAAAAUAUAAUGUGGAUAUACUUUAA